GUGGAUGCUCUGUCCAAAACGCCGCGUCGUACUCUACUUACUUUUCAGGGAGGCUGGUGAGUGGUAAACUAAACAGUGGCGAAAUCACGCCGAUUUUGGAUGUCGUUGGGCCCUAUUAGUGUUUUCUACCUUAGUGUAGGCGCCCAGGGAACCACCAGUUCAUACGGCUAUUGACUGCGGUCAGUGCCCGACCAGCAAAGCGGGAGCCAUGCCUGUCCCCGCUGGAUACGUAAGCGAGUCCCCCGCUGCGGCCUUCGUAUCCUCGGCCUCGCUUAUCCCGCCGCCCCCGAUCAACACGCAGCAGCCCGGGGUGGUCACGUCGCUGCUGUACAGCGGAUCCAAGUUCAGGGGGCACCAAAAGAGCAAAGGAAACUCGUAUGACGUGGAAGUAGUUUUACAGCAUGUGACCAUGGAAGAUUCCUACUUGUGUGGUUACCUUAAGAUCAAGGGCCUGACAGAGGAAUACCCCACUUUGACCACAUUCUUUGCUGGUGAAAUCAUAAGCAGAAAGCGCCCCUUCCUUACACGGAAAUGGGAUGCUGAUGAAGACGUUGACCGAAAGCACUGGGGCAAGUUCCAAGCUUUCUACCAGUAUGCAAAGACAUUCAACUCGGAUGAUUUUGACUAUGAGGAUCUGAAAAACUCUGACUAUAUUUUUAUGCGAUGGAAGGAACAGUUUCUCGUGCCUGACCACACUAUUAAAGACAUCAGUGGAGCUUCGUUUGCAGGAUUUUACUACAUUUGCUUCCAGAAAUCCACAGCAACAAUUGAGGGCUACUACUAUCACAGAAGCUCUGAAUGGUACCAGUCCUUAAACCUCACCCAUGUCCCUGAACACAGCGCAGCCAUCUACGAGUUCCGGUGACCCUGGUGCACAGUGCUGAGCGUCCCUGUGGGUGGACUGAGACUUGGGGCUGGGCAGGUGUCCGCACAUGAAGCUGCUGAUGAAACUAGAGAGAACGAACAGAAAGGAGAAUUUUGGCUUUAAACAAGUGCAAAUAAUUUCUCUCGUGUUCGCAAACGACGCUUGGACACAGGCCGGGGGACAGUGAAUGAAUGUAUGCAAGACUGAAGAGAAAGGGAAAUGUUGAUAUCCUUGGAAAGACUAAACAAAAACCAGCGAGCAAAGACUGGGUGCAGUUCGUUUAGUUAACUUUUUUUUUUUAACAUGCUUGGCAAAUUAUUUUAAGACACUUUUUUAUAAGCUGGGAUGCCCCUUUGCUUGCUUGAAAACUUACAACAAGGAUUUGACUGAAAAAUCCGCCCCGAGAUCAAUGUACAGAUGUGGCAAUGAAAGAUUUUUAAGUGCACGAUCCAAGUUUUUCAGGUUAUCAGAUUGGAGCUUUAACUAGCCACUAAGGUAACAGUAUUUUUCUAAGCAGGUUAUGUCAAGAGAGUGGAAUAUUUGCUAAAGGAAUUUAAAACGAUGGUCAUUGAGUGGCACUUUGAAAGAAUUGACAUUGAACAUUGAAGUUUUGCUUGGGAGAUUUUUAUUAUGAUCAUACACAUGAUUGCUGUGGGUAUUUUAAGUUACAUUUGCACAAAGAUUUUUUAAAAAACGUUUUACCCAGUUACAAAGCUUCAAUAUGACAACACUUAACAGUAUGUGAACCCCAAAUUGUAAUAAUUUGGGGUAUUUUAAUUUUUACCUUUCUUACCUUUUAACUUAUCUGCUAUUUUAUCAUUGUUGACCCUCGACUAUGCAACGUUCCCCAGGUAGACUUUGCAGAGAGUAAAUUCUAUCCCUAGAGUAUAUCCAGAUUGAUUUAUGGACAUUUUUAAAGGAAGUAUUUUUGUUAAAUCGCCUAUUCAAGAUCUUCCCUGACACAUGCUCCCUUCCCAUGUGAUGGUGCCAUGUUUUUAAAGUCUAUCAGAGUUGUAUUAUACAGUCAAAGUGGAGUGUGACUGUUUGAGGUAAAGAUAUGGAUAUGAUUGAUGGGUGAUUGUAAAGAAUGGAUUAUGGAAUAAAAAAAAAAAUCUGAAGA